UGGAAAAGUUUUAUUCAGUUUUAUGUGUAUGGUAUUAAAUAUAAACUUGCCAAACAUGUACAAAUGGUAAACAGGUUCAUGAAUAAAUUCUCAACACCAAACACCAGGAAAAUGCUAAUUAAAACCACAGUAAGUCGCCACCUGUCAGAGUGAUUUUAUAAGGGGCUGGAGAGUCAGCGCUGCUCUUGCAGAGGACCUGGGUUCGAUUCCAAGCACUCACAUGGCAGCUGACAACUGUCCACAGCUCCAGUUCCAGAGGAUCCGACGCCCUCCUCUGACCUCCGUGGGCGCACCUGCCUGCACGCAGAGAAUACACGCAUACACAUAAAAUGCAAAUAUUUUUAAAAAGUGACUUUAUCGGUAACAGAAGAGUUGACAAGUGUCGUUCUGAUGUGGAGACGUGUGUGACCACGGAACCCAGGUGCUGAGAACGGAUCUAUGUACGUCCAUUUUGGAAAACGCGAAGGUUCCUCACGAAGAUUAAAAUGCAACCACGGAAUCGAGUGUUCCGGUUCCGAGCACGUGAAGGCCCCGGGCAGGGUGUCAGGGUGGCCCCGGGCAGGGUGUCUGUCAGGGUGGCCCCGGGCAGGGUGUCCGUCCACAGCCCACGCGAACCCCACGAUGAAACAUCCUGAAAAACAACAAACCCCGUCGUGCUAGACGACGUGGGAAAGGCCGAAGGACGCCGUGUUAAAACGAAACCAGCCGCUCGAGGAAGAGCCGCGCCGGACGCCGCCGCCCUGCGGGGUCCGCGGCGCAGGCUCGGGCAGAAGGACCCGCCGCGCCCCGCUCCGUCGGCGCCGCCCGAUGUCACUCGGAAUUCGGUCCGGUGACGGGCGGAGACUCGGGACCUGCCCAAUCGGACGUGGGCUCGGCGGCGGCUCACACACACUUCCGGCCCUUCGCGGCGCUGCCCUCUUCCGGUUCCCGCCCACGUCGGGCGCAGACUCGAACCUGCGGAGAUCCGCUGGGAGGUGCACCCGGAUUAGGCUGUGACUGGACUGUCCUCUCCGUGUGUGGAAGAACUAGGACAAUGAACGCAUCUGUGGAGUUGGUGUCAUUUGAGGAUGUGUCUGUGGACUUCAGCUGGGAGGAGUGGCAGGACCUGGAUGAUGCUCAGAGGACGCUAUACAGGGACGUGAUGCUGGAGACCUACAGCAGCCUGGCGUCCUUGGAUCAGUGUAAUAUUAAACCCGAGUUGAUCCUGAAGUUGGAACAAGAAGCCGGGCCGUGGAAGGAAGAAGAUACCGCAGACAUGCGCCUGCCAGAUACGCAGACUGUGGAGGACCUGAAUGAGAGCAUCCAGAACAAUGCAAAGACACAUGUUUGCGAUCUGAAUCUGGUAAUUUCCAAGAGCAGCACAUCAACAGAGGACAGGGCUGAAUUAGGACAAGAACACAGUAGCACAGACCAUGUGCUAAGCCUGGCUGCAAAGAACGGAAUUGCUUCUGCAAUGAGACCUGAGGCACUUAACAUAUGGGAUAAUGUGCUUCUCCCUAGUGAGCCCAGUGAGGUGCAGGCUGUAGAAGAACGUGAUCUUCCUAAUGUAACUGGAGUGUCCCCCAGACUCCUUGAGUCUCGUAGUCUAGAUCACAGUGUUAAACACGGGCAGCAGCAUUUUCAGUAUUAUGGGCAUAGUAAAGCCUUCCACAUGAAUAAAGUAUGGACGCAUAACAUGUUUCCUAUGAGUGAUCCCAGUAAGUUCAGGGAAUAUGGGAAAGGCUUAGAGAAGUUAGUUCUUACUGUGCCAGAGGGGACACAGGUAAGGGAGAAAACUUUCGAAUGUAAUGUAUGUGGGAAAUUUUUCUAUAAGAAAUUUAAGCUCACACAGCAUUUGAAAACACACAAAGAAAAAAAAUGUUAUAAAGGCAAAGAUUGUGAGCCAAUGCUCAAUACACAGUCAGACCUCCCAAAACGUCAGAGUUUUAAAGCAGGAGAAGCGUCUGAUGCUUAUACUAAAGAUGAGAAAUGCGCUUGUCAGAAAUCACAACAUAAUAUUCAGAGACUCUACAUGGGUGUUGACAGUAAUGUGUAUGGGAAAACUGCUUGUCCCAAAUUAAAUUGCAGUGUUUAUCAGAAUCCUCACUCAGAUGAGAAACCCCAUGAACACUGUGUGUCUGGAAAAGCCAUUACUAACUCAAACCUCCACCAACUUCAGCAACUUCCCGGAUGUGAGAAAGCCUAUGAAUGUAAUGCAUGUGGAAAAACCUUAAACUGUACACCAAACUUCUCACAUGAGCAAGCUCACAUAAGUGAGAAACCCUAUGAAAGUAAAGAAUGUCAGAAGUCAAAACUCAUUGUGAAUCAGAAAACUCACACACAGGAAAAACGCUAUGCAUGUAGUGUAUGUGGAAAAGCAUUUUACAAGAGAGCCCAUCUAAAUGCACAUCAGAGAACUCACACAGGUGAGAAACCAUAUGACUGUAAAGAAUGUGGAAAAACUUUCAGGCUGAAGUCAUUUCUCGUUGUACAUCAGAGGAUUCACACAGGGGAAAAACCCUUCGCAUGUAUUACAUGUGGAAAAAGUUUUAAGCAGAGAACAAGUCUCUACACGCAUCUGAGAAUUCACACAGGUGAGAAACCCUAUGAAUGUAAAGAAUGUAGGAAAUCAUUUAUUCUCAAAUCGUAUCUCACUGUACACCAGAGAACUCACUCAGGUGAGAAACCCUAUGAGUGUGGUGUAUGUGGGAAAACCUUUAAGCAGAACUCCCACCUUCAUGCACAUCAGAGAACUCACACAAGUGAGAAACCCUAUGAGUGUACUGUAUGUGGAAAAAGUUAUAAGCAGAGUCCAAGCCUGUACACACAUAAGAAAAUUCACACAAGUGAGAAGCCCUAUGAAUGUAAGGAAUGUAGGAAGUCAUUCAGUCUAAAGUUCCAUCUCACUAGACAUCAGAGAACUCACUCAGGUAGAAACACUGUCAGUGACAUGCAUGUGGACAAACCUCUAAACAGACCUCCACCUAGAUGAACGUCUGAAAACUCCCACGUGAGAGUGAGAACCGCUGUGAAUCCGAAGAAUGUAGAAAAACUUUCAACUAUUUGUCAUUUGUCCAUGAUCAUUAGAGGCUUCAGAGGUGUGAAAACCUGUCAGUGUCAUGUUUGUGGAAUGACCUCUGUGAGAUGUCAAACUGGCACACAUCAGCGAAUUCACCCAGGUGGUAGAACCUUUAUAUUUAAAACAACUGUAAGACUAUCUUCAAACCAAAGAUCCACUUCAUUGCACAUCAGAGAACUCACAAACUGAGAAACUAGCAUGAGAUACAAUUCACUGCCUACCAAAACACACAGUUUUGUGUAAUGUCUGUAGAAACUUUCCGCAGAUGUCGUAUCUCAACAGUCAUUAGGUAACUCACACUUUAUGAAGAAAUCCUAUGAAUGUGGAAAAUCUUUCAACAGUAAGUCAUCUUUACUACAUACCAAAGAAGGCAUACAGGCAGACAACUCUAUGAAUGUUAUUUAUGUGCAGAAAACACUGGGCGACAAACCUUGUCCACCAGAAAACCCAAAGGUGAGAAACCCUAUGGCUGUAAAUGCUGCAGGAAAUAUUUCAGCCACAAGUCACCUUUUGCUGUGCAUGAAAGAAGUUGCAUAGGUGAGUAACUACGCACAUAGGUGAGUAUAAUGUAAGCAGAGAGACCUUUAAGAUAUGUUAGAUCUCUGCAUUUUGGAGAACUCACACAUCUGAGGAAGCGUGAGUCUUAACGUACAUAGAAAAAGCCUUUAGCAACAAGCAAACCUGUCUGAACAACUCUGGUUGGAAGCACAUGCAUGUAAUGUAUGUGGGAAACCCUUUUACUGGAUGUCAAACCUUCACUUGUCCAGAUGAGAGAUGUGGUCAGUGUGUGUACCUGGAAUAAUCACAUGCUAUAAGUCAGACCUCAAGAGGCAUUUGAAUUCACCUGGAGAGACACCCUAAAACAGGUAUUGAUGUGGGAAAUGUUUGUGAAAAGUCAGCUGGAAUUCAUCUCUCGAAGAUGAAGUGUCAUAAACAGAAUGCUCAUAGCUCUGUAAAAUCCAUUUGCUCUGUACCUCAGCCUCUGUUUGCAAUCCAUUAUUGUUUGUGAGACCAUGUACUUGAGCUCUUCUAUUUAUAAGUGCAUGUGAUGGUGUUUUUUUCCCUGAACCCCCCCUCCAAAAAAAAUUCCAUGACAAAAUUCCCCCUAGAUGUUCACCUAUAGUUGGCCUGAAGUGCAGGUGGCCUCUAACAUGUUUAGGAACCAUAUGUAGAAGGGCACAGUGAUUUAAGAUGUUCUUUUAUGGGAGAAAUCUUUGGUCCUCCUACAUGUAUCUGCAAAUCUUUUUGUAUUGAGAAAUAAUUCUGCAUGAUCUGUUUAUAGCACCAUGCAAACCCACAGCAAUCGUUAAUUUUAAAAGGUUUGCUGUGACUAGCCAUGUUUAGAGACUUGAUCGACAUACAGAACCUGCUUCCUUUAUUCUCAUGUCACUUUGUGGGGAAGAAAAAAUCCCAGGAUAAAGUUUCUACAAAUUCUGAAUGUUUUAUCUGAUAGGGAUAUUCCAUUAAAGAAACUAAGUGAACAUUUCUUUCAUGUGUGAAAUGUUUCAAUAAAAUUUCCAAGCUUGUUUCAAAUCUUGGACCAAGAGAAAUUAUCACUAUGGAUCUGUACAUUAAUUUUCAAAGAGAAAUGUGAAGCUGAUUCUCAAAUGUCUUUCAGUAUCUGUCAAGAAAUAAAUAAAUACUGAUGA